GUGACUGUAUCAUAGCUGCGUAGCAAAGCCCACCAACGUGUACGGCGCAUGAGUCGUGUUACCAGCAAGCCACCGACUCGGCCCACUGGGCCACUCAGUUGGCCCGAUCGUGUUGUCGGCGUGACCUUAGUGCUGUGCGGGAACAUCCAUGGCGUGUUCGUGUAAUGCGGUUGCCUGCUUUAGGUGCGCGUCCGGACUGAUACAAGGCGUGGCGGGCGUUGUCCAGUGCAUGUUCGCACUCCUGCUCAGGUUGAACCAAGAGGAUGGCUUCGAGUUCGGCCUCAACCUCCUGCUGGGCGUAACGAAUAUUCCUCUCGGUUGCGCGAUUGCCACAGCGUUGUCGCAGCGAGCGGAAUGUCGUGAACCGCAAGAGUACGUCAACCUGAAUCGGCUCAGCGCGGCACUGUCGUGGCAUUCGGCGCUGUUCAACGCCGUGUGCGCUCUGGUCCUCGUCGUGCUACCGUCGCCGCUGCACAGCCAGGCCGAGCAGGUGAUGCCCACGCGUUUCCACAGCUACUGGCUCGUCGCCCUCGACUACGUGUACGUGGCGUCCGUGGUGAUUCCGGCGAUCGUGGUCGCGCUGUCCUUCUGCUGCCUCCUGACGCUGACACGAAGCCCCAUGCGGACUGUGGUGCCCUCUAGAGAGUCUGUCGCCUUCGUGCAGAACGGCAAGACGGAUGACAUCACGCUGCGUCCGUACAAGUGGGUCUACCGCGGUACCGACCGCAGCUUGUCUCGGGAGCUGCAUCUACAGGGCGGGAGGCCACAGUCCCCUAACGACGACAGCCUUCGCCAUCCACCGCCGAGGUUUACGUUCAAACGCUGCUCGGGGUCGUGCGGCGGAUAUCUUUCUCGGCCUGGGCCCUCGCGCACCGACGGCGACCAGUCGAGCGCCAGCCAACCCGGCGGAUCCCGUAAGGGGCGAUCCGCCGACUCUGCACCCGGUUGCUCCACCGACGACUGCGGCGACGACGACGACUACGCCCUGGACAGCUUCAUCAGCGAUUCAUUUGACGAGAGCGUGUGCGCAGCCGCCGUUGACUACCAUCGUGGUGCUAGCCUCGCCAAAAACCCUCGCACCACUGGAGUGAGCAAGGCGACCAGUACCGUAGACUCGACUCUCGCAGAGCCCGAAAGGGAGCGACGCGUCCAGUUGCGUCGCGGAGCGUCUGCGUACCGUGGCGAGGACUCCCUGGCCAGCCUGACCAACCUCGAGCUGAUCGCCAGGCAGUGGAGGACGUCCGCGAUGCUACGGAGGAUUUGGAGAAGUUCUGAAAGAGCUUCGUCCAGAAAGCAGAUUCGCCUGGACCAGCCCAUGGCAAGAGACUAGCAGCUGUGUUUGGAAUAAACUGUUUGUUUGGAAACA